ACUGAACUGAAGACAGUCAAGGAGAGGGCUUCCAGCUAUGAGGAAGAGAUAGCUGAGCAGAAAGCAAUGAUUGACAAGCUUCGAAAGGACUUGAUGUCUGCCAGGGACGAACAUCAUGCCGCUGUUCAAGAAGGCAUUGCUUACAAACAGCAAGCACACAAGAUGGAGCUGGAGCUAGCAGGUGCCAAAGAGCAAGAGAAAAUAUUAACAGGCCAGGUGGAGCAGCAGGAAGGAAUCCUGGGUCAGCUUCAAGCAGAACUGAGAGCUGAGAGGGAGAGGCAUGGAGAGACUGUGAGGCAGCUGAGUGCCAGCAAGAAGAUGUCACUGGACAUGCAGGCUGACAUGGAAGCCCUGCAGAGGCUGACCAGAGAGCUGCAAGACAGGUUGAGAAUGAGUGAUGACCAGAUGCCUAGACUACGACGAGAGAUAGAUGACCUUCAGUUGAAGCACAGAGAGUUCAGUGAAGUACUGGCUGACAGGGAGGCCCAGCUGAGGAUGGCAAAUUUGAACUUACAGACAGCUCAAAAACAAGCUAAACAACACACACAGGAGAUUGCCAGAUACGAGGACACGCUGGCCCAGCUGCACAUGGAGCAGGAGAAACUGCAAGACCAGCACCACAAGUCACAUGCUGAUCUGGUGGAAGCUGAUGUGAAAAUACAUGAGCUGAGGGUGCAGGUGACCAACAUACAAGGGAAUCAUAAAGAGUCAAUGGAACAGCUGGCAGAGAAGUCCCGCCAGCUGGCCACUGGAAAGACGGAGCUGGCUAAACUUUCACAGCAGAAUAGUUCCAUGAAAGAAGAGAUUAUAUUUUAUGAUGACAAGUUGAGGAAACUACAGCAGGAGCUCAAAAAAGCUCAGGAGAUUAACAAGACAGCUGAGGAGGAGCUGCAGCACUUUGAAGAGCGCUACACAAGCCUACAGAUGGAUCUGGUCUCCAGCCAAGAGAAGCAGAAGCAUGGCCUGCAGGAGCUGUCGGCCAGGGAAGAGCAGAUUGUCAUGCUGAAGGUGGAGAUGACUGCUCUACAAGAGAAAUACAAGGCUGCCAAUGAUGAGGCUGGCAAAUUACUGGGUGAGCUGGAAAUGAUGAAGCAGAACUAUCGCGGAGCCAGUGAGGAAAUCGCCGGGCUGCGAAUGGCUCUGGAAGAGUCACGGGCUAAUGGCGACCGUUUGCAUCGGGAGUCGGAGCUCGUGGUCCACAACGUUAACACAUGGGUGCAGGAACAAAAAAUGGCCAAUGAAAAACUCGGUAACAAAAUCAGAGAGCAGAGUAAAGCGAUCAUGAUUCUGACAUCAGAAAAAGAAACACUGUUGGAACAGAUUACCAGACUGCAGAAGUCAUACAGCAAGACAAAGAUGGAGCUGGAUGAAAAGGCAAAUGAGAGUGACAAACUCAGGGCUCUGCAGUCACACUCAGCACAUCAGCAAGUGAUUUUGAAUCAGCUGAAGAACAGACUGGAGGAGCAUGAGGUGGAGCAGGAUAAAGAUAUGAAAACAAAGGAAGCUGCUAUUGAGGACCUUCACCUUCGACUGAAGGCCAAUAUUGACAGCAUCCAUAAACUCAACCAGCAGCUGGCCAGUCUACAGAAGGAGAAUACUCGACUACAUAAUGAGCUGGACAGAGAGAUGACCACAAGACAGAAUUAUGAGAUGCAAGCACAAAGCAAGGACCAGCUAAUAGAGAACCUGAAAUCACAGCUGGACUCUAUGUCAUUCAAAAGACAGACAGAGAAGGCAGACAUUUACAAGGAUGCUGACAGAUUUAUAAAUACUGCGUUAACUAAAGCUGCAGAAGAUGAAGGAGUGACAGAUGCACACAGCCUGGAUAAAGCUUACUGGAUACAGAGAGUUGGAGAGCUUCAGCAGAGCAGCGACUACUGGUCAGACAAGGUCCGAGGUCUAUCCACACAGUUGGAAUUGGCUAAAUCUGCAAAUAUUUUCACCACAAAGGUCUACUGA